AUGGCCGGAUCCAGGAUUGGGGAAGGCGAAGCAAGGCCAAGGUUAUCCAAGAAACUGGAGGGCUCCAAGUGCCGGGGGCAGCUCCUCAUCUUCGGAGCCACCAACUGGGACUUGAUCGGCCGCAAAGAAGUGCCUAAGCAGCAAGUUGCAUAUCGUAAUCUGGGCCAGAACUUGUGGGGGCCGCACAGGUACGGAUGUCUCUCAGGUAUUCAGGUGCGGAGCGUGGUUUCGGGACCCUGCGCUGCUCACAGCCUGCUCAUCACCGCCGAGGGCAAGCUCUGGAGCUGGGGUCGCAAUGAAAAAGGGCAAUUGGGCCACGGGGACACGAAGCGGGUGGAAGCCCCGAAGCUCAUCGAGGUGCUGGGGGGCGAAGCCAUCGUGCUGGCAGCCUGCGGCCGUAACCACACUCUGGCACUUACAGAAAGCGGCUCGGUGUUCGCCUUCGGGGAGAAUAAAAUGGGGCAGCUGGGGCUGGGGAACCAGACGGACGCCGUGCCCAGCCCUACGCAGAUCAUGUACAACGGGCAGCCCAUCACCAAACUGGCUUGCGGGGCCGAAUUCAGCAUGAUCAUGGAUUGCAAAGGAAACCUCUACUCCUUCGGGUGCCCUGAGUACGGGCAGCUGGGGCAUAAUUCGGAUGGGAAAUUCAUCGCCCGGGCGCAGCGGAUAGAGUACGACUGCGAGCUGGUGCCGCGCCGUGUGGCCAUCUUCAUCGAGAAGACCAAAGAUGGGCAGAUCCUGCCCGUCCCCAACGUGGUGGUGCGGGACGUGGCGUGCGGGGCCAACCACACGCUCGUCCUGGACUCGCAGAAGCGCGUUUUCUCCUGGGGAUUUGGGGGCUACGGGCGGCUGGGCCAUGCCGAGCAGAAGGACGAGAUGGUGCCGCGGCUGGUCAAGCUCUUCGACUUCCCGGGGCGCGGGGCGGCGCAGAUCUACGCCGGCUACACGUGCUCCUUCGCCGUCAGCGAGACAGGCGGCUUGUUUUUUUGGGGUGCCACCAACACCUCCCGGGAGUCCACCAUGUACCCCAAAGCCGUGCAGGACCUCUGCGGCUGGAAAAUCCGCAGCCUAGCCUGUGGGAAGAGCAGCAUCAUCGUGGCGGCAGAUGAGAGCACCAUCAGCUGGGGUCCCUCGCCCACCUUCGGGGAACUGGGCUACGGGGACCACAAGCCCAAAUCCUCAACAGCCGCCCAAGAGGUGAAGACCCUAGAUGGGAUCUACACGGAGCAGGUGGCCAUGGGCUAUGCCCACUCGCUGGUGAUCGCCCGCGACGAGACCGACACCGAAAAAGAGAAGCUCCGCAAGCUGCCCGAAUACAACCCCCGCACCAUCUGA